UGCACGGUGCACCCUCUUUGUGCUUCUCACUCGCUUUCUUCUGCAAGCCCUCUUUCUCUUUCUCGGUAUCACUUCAGGUGAAGAAGAAAUGGCAGACGAAGGGACGGCUACCUGCCUCGAUAUCCUUAUUGCCAUCAUCCUUCCUCCUCUCGGAGUCUUCCUCAAGUUUGGCUGCAAGGCGGAGUUCUGGAUCUGCCUGCUGCUGACGAUACUCGGAUACAUCCCCGGGAUUAUCUACGCCGUCUAUGCCAUCACCAAGUAAAAUGAUAAGGCAGUGGAGGUGGUGAUGGUGGUGGCUGCUGUAAUCUUUGUUUUCCAACCGUUGGAAUCUUCUUCUUCUUCUUCCUUUUUCUUUGUUUCUCCUUUUUCUUUAUCCUGUUUUGUUCAUGGAUGAUUAAUCUGUUCUUUGUCUUGUAUAUUUUAAGCUCUUACUUCCUAGAGGCUUCUCUGGGUGUAUGAUCAUGUGGUUGAGGGUGUCUGUUUGGUUACUGCUACAAAGGGUUUUCUUAUCAAUAAAUGAGCAUUAAAUAAUUUGGAUCUUA